CAAGGUCACCUUCGAUAACUACACGCUGCUCGCGCAGAGGUAAAAACAUUAACGUCAUAUCGACCGUCGAAAACUUCCGCGUUUCCCCAGCCUGUGUUUUGGCCGGAGUGGUAGUGAAAAUUGUCUAGUCCCUGCAUCAGUAGGUUGCUGUUGACUUGAUCCGGACGAUCAGCCAAGCAUUCCCAUUCCACAUAGAAACAUGGCUACGUCAAGCUUGCGGAAAGCUCGCCAGCUCUGGUCGGUGGUGCAGACCGUCACUUCACGUAGCACGUGCAUCUCGCGCUCAGGUGCGUUGUCACAGCUACAGAGGCUCGCUAACAUUCCACAGCAGACGACGGGGCAAGUGAGGACCGCGGCAAAGAGGGCGGGAAAAACUGCCAAUUUGGAACCUGAUGAACCUGCUAUGUAUUGUAACCAAUGUGAGCAAACAAAGAACAGAACCGCCUGUACCGCCAUAGGUGUGUGUGGAAAAGUCCCCAAGGUGGCGCACAUGCAGGAUCUACUCAUCCACGUGAUGAGGGGGGUUUCUAUAUAUGGGCACAGAGCCGCCCAAAUGGGCGUGGUCAUCGAUGAAAGGGUAUACGACUUCGUGUUUGGGACGUUGUUCAGCACCUUAACCAACGUGAACUUUGACCCCAUGCGGUUCCGUUCCUACAUCCUGGAGGCAGUGGGGGUGAGGGAGGAGCUAAAACAACAGUACGUGGAAGCCUGUCAAAAGAAGGGUGUGUCACCGGAAGAGUUCAGCAGCGGUCCCGCCGCCUGGUUCCCGCCAGAUGGCAGCACAGACGAGGAUACGCUUGACGAAGAAGGUAAAAAGUUCACGCUCACCAACGACGUCCCUAUAUACGGAGCUGACAUUGCGGGUGUCCGACAGAUGAUCGUGUUUGGGUUAAAGGGGAUGUCCACGUACGCCAGACACGCCCACGUGCUGGGGCAAGACAUGAAGGAUAUCGGAGCGUUCGUUAUGGAGGUGUUUGAUUUCCUUGAGAACGGCCCAGUGGAGGAAAGAAACGAUCUGGCAGCCAUGCUCGGCUGGGCGUUGAAGGUCGGAGAGGCCAAUGUCAAGGUCAUGGAAAGGUUAGACAUAGGUCAUCGUGAACAGUUUGGGGCACCGUCGCCAGCACAGGUGUCGACAAAACCAAAACCCGGCAAGGCAAUUCUGGUGUCCGGCCACGACAUGCACGACUUGUUGAAGAUCUUGGAGGCGACAGAGGGUACCGGGAUCAACGUUUACACCCACGGGGAGAUGCUGCCAGCGCACUCCUACCCAUGGUUGAGAAAAUUUAAGCACCUUGCUGGACAUUUUGGAGGGGCGUGGCAACUUCAGCAGUUUGAAUUCCCAACAUUCCCUGGUCCCGUUGUCAUAACAACUAACUUCGAAGAUGUCACAUAA